CUUAUGAUACUCGUCAACCAGGCACAGGUUGCCUAGCCAGCAGCACGGCCCCGCACCGGAAUGGGAGGCGGAAUGGCACGACCACUGCAACACCCUCCCCUCCUGCAGUCCCUCCCAACGCCCAACACCAGCCAGGCCUUACGUCACCCAUAAUAAUAACUCCCACUUGCUUUUCCUACAUACAACAAAAUGGUCGGCUUUGAGACCCGCGAUGGCUUCGCCAUCCCCACCGGAAACGCGAAGCAGUCCGAUAGCCUGAAGCCGGAGAACUUCAAGUUCUGGAGCGCUCGCGCCGCGCCGAUGACUCCUUUCGCCAGCCUCAGCGCGAGCAUUUUGGGUGGACUCGGCAAGCCGGGAAGCGCAGGAGGUCGCGUGGAGCCCGCGACCGGCUACGAGUUCCCUGCGGAGCUUUGCUACCUGAAGAAGCCUUGCCCUAGCCUGGCGGGCCUAGGGGUGCGCAACAAGAAAAUUGUCAUCAAGGACAUCCACGUUUACGCUCUGGGCAUCUACGUGGAUGCCGCCGCCGCCAAGUCCGCCCUGUCCGGCUUCAAGAAGAAGACGGCGGCGGAGCUAGAGGCGGACCAGAGCUUCUACGAUGCCGUGGUGUCCACGCCGUCUGUGGAGAAGUCGCUGCGCCUGGUCAUCAGCUCGCGACUGGUGGACCGCAAGAAGUUCCUGGACGCUCUGGAGGACCGCCUGGCGCCCCGCCUCAAGCAGGCCGGCGAGCCCAGCACGCUGGACAACUUCCGAGCCCAGUUCGACUCGGUGCACUUCGAGAAGGGUCUGGAAAUUGCGUUCACGUGCGUGGACAACAAGAAGCUGGUGACCAAGGUGGCGGGCCAGGAGAAGGGCUCCAUCGCCUCCCCCGCGCUGUGCUCCUCCCUGUUCGACAUAUACCUGGGCGCCGACCCCGUGUCCAAGGACGCCAAGUCCUCCUUCGGCAAGAGCUUGGCUGCAGCCCUCAAGGAGUAGAGGGCACGAGCAGCGCAGUUGGGUGGGUGCGGGGGUGGGGGCAGCGGAAGCACCCCUGAGGGUGAGCUGUGUGGGGGAGCAGCGGGAGUGGCGCCUGACAGUGGAGGGGUUGGGAAAAGGACGGAUCGGGGCUUGCUAUGGUUCGGUGUUGACUUGAAGUUGGUUUCAAAGGGCAUUCCAGGAAUGGGGUUUGCGAGUGGUUCAAUUGUGUCAGGUAGAGAGUUGAGGGAAUCCGUUGGUGCUGCUCUUGGGAGCUGAGAGGCUCUUACGUACUGCAGCGCAUGCAGCGUGGUGCAGAUUUGUCUAGGUCUGUCUGGGUCUGCCUGGUCGUGUGGGUGAGAAGCUGUCACGUGGUGACCUGAUAUACACAAGCGAGUAUCCCCCACGAAGUCAUGGCACUAGUAAAGAUUUUGACGGACUUGAUGAGUGCGACAUGAGUCACAUGACAAGAAGAAACACGCGGCUUUCCUUGCACACUCGGUCCUUGUAAGCUUGUUCAGUA